AUGGAUAUCAAAUUCCUGAUGAUUCUCAUCCUGGGCUUCGGCUUUAUGUUCGUUUUUACGGCAUUCCAGACCAUGUGUAACAUUGAGAAAACCAUACUGGACAGUAUUUCCAAGGAGGAUGAGAACUUCAAGGGCGAGGGCUACACCAGCCUGGCCAUCAUCUACCUGUUCUUCUCGCUCUCCAACUGGCUGGCGCCCUCGUUUAUUUCGUUCACGGGCCCUCGUGUGGCAAUGGUCGUGGGAGCAUUGACCUAUACGGCUUUUAUGAUCACGUUCAUGUUCCCAUCGACGGUGUUGCUGUACGUGGGCAGCGCAGUGCUGGGACUUGGAGCAUCGAUCACUUGGACAGGGCAGGGAACCUACCUGGCGCGCUGCAGCGAAACAACCACCAUCUCCCGCAACUCGGGCGUCUUUUGGGCUCUGCUGCAGUGCAGCAUGUUCAUCGGCAACCUGUUUGUGUACUAUCAGUUCCAGGACAAAACCGUCAUCGACAAAGAGACCCGGAAUUUGGUCAUCGGAGUGCUUACAGUGAUUGCAAUUUUGGGUAUCGUUUUUCUUGCCGCCCUGCGAUUUAUGGCCGACAAUGCCGAGCACGACAACGAGCUAGAGCAGAAGCACACGGGAUGUGGACAGGCCAUGUAUGCUCUAAAGUCGGCCGGACAACUGUUCUGCACAAAGAAGAUGCUGCUCCUCAGUCUGGCCUUUUUCUAUACAGGACUGGAGCUAUCUUUCUUUAGUGGCGUCUUUGGUUCCGCCAUUGGAUUCACCACAAAAAUAGCCCAGACACCGAAAGAGAUCGUUGGCCUGGUUGGCAUUUGCAUUGGAGCCGGCGAAGUCUUUGGAGGCGGACUCUUUGGGAUACUGGGCAACAAGACAACCAGAUAUGGACGCGAUCCCAUCGUCAUUGCCGGCUAUGUGAUGCACAUGGCGGCCUUCUUUAUGACAUUCAUCAAUCUGCCGAACAGUGCACCGUUCAAAGAUACCAACGAUAUAUCCUACCUGGAUCCGCCUAGCGCCAGCAUUGCUCUGGUCUGUGCCUUCCUGCUUGGCCUUGGCGACGCCUGCUUCAACACCCAGAUCUACUCGAUGCUGGGCGGAGAGUAUGUGAACAAUGCGGUGGGAGCUUUUGCCCUGUUCAAGUUCACUCAGUCCGUGGCGGCGGCCAUCAGCUUCUUUUACUCCUCGCACUUUGGGCUGUAUGUCCAGCUGGGCAUACUGGUGGUGACCGGAACCAUCGGCACCAUCGCCUUCGUGUUCGUCGAGUGGGGCUUCAAGCGGCAGCACCGGGAGCAGGAGGCGCUCGAUAAGUAAUCAAUCCGUAAUCCCACCUAAUAAGGUAUUAGGACUAGGUCUAGCCACUUUUGUCCACGUUUGUUGAAUUCCUCGGAAGUGCGCUGGAUCCUUGCGACUGCGUCGUCUUCCUAGACAAUAACUGUUAAGUGUUGUUGUGCGCUAGCGUUGCUAUAUUGUACGUAAUGCGUAUUUUAAUGUUAGCAUUCCAAAACGUAAUUAUAAUCUAGUUGUCUAUGUUUUUAUAUGUGUGUAUUGUAAACAGUAUAUGUGCGUUUAUUUAUUUUAAGCAGCGAGUGUGCAAUUGUAAAUUAAUAAUUAAAGCGACAGAUUUUGAGUAUUAGUAAGGAAAACAGCUGUGCAAAACUAUUGUGCGAGUGCUGAGUUAAAUUGUAGAUGACGUUUUUCACAGCUGUAAAACGUUGCUUUAUUUCAGUUGCAACGUGAAGCUGUUGAAAAGAGCAAAAAAUACGUAAUCAUUUAGAGAAAUUUACAGACUUGAAAAUGCUCAAGGAAUUUAAGCGAUUUACUUGAUGGCGUGCACGUUAUUUAAGAAGCACUGCGCAGGAUUAUGCUAAAAUUAAGUUAAACCCCGCAAAUCAUUCGAAAUUUCUAUGUUUUUGGCUUACAUUUAAAAAAUAGAAUAUU